GCCAACAUUCUGGCUACCUUACUCAAUUGACCUCCAACGAAGCAUCAAAUGAUUUUCAAUGGUUUGGAAUUUUUGAUAUAAGGACUUCAAUAUCUAACUCUGAGAGUUGGAAUUACAUCAUUCCGAUCUCUGGUUGUUGAGAUAUGGAUGUCCAAAGAUACCUAAAAAAUCUGGAGAUCAUCUAUGCCAAUGAGGCUAUCUUGCGAGGGCCAACUCGACGGUGCUACAAGUGUUGUGGCUAUGGUCAUAUCUACUGGAUAUGCCCAAAUGAACAUGCUGUACCGUAUGAAGAAUGGGCCAAGAUUAAUGAAGAAGCUUCACGUGAAGAAGUUCUAAUUGAAGAACCAAUUCGUGAAGAGGAAAAGAAAAUCUUCAAUGACCAGCUUGUCAUUGUAGAAGACGUCUCUGAUUUUCAAGUCAAAGAUGAAAAUGACGUCUUCAUUAAAGAACCAGCUUCCGAUGUUGUGGUAGAGGAAACUACAUCGGAUGUUAUAUAUUCUAAGGAAUUAAAUUCCACGGAGUAAACUUAUUUCAUCUUUGAAGGAUAUGUGAAGCGGGCCAUAUGACCAUUGUAAAAUCAAUCUUUGAAUAUUAAAACUCCUUUUACUCUUUGAGUAUUUAUAAAAUAGUGUGAUGCUAUUUUAGCCAAAUUCCUAAUUCUAUAUCUUAAGAGUGGUUAUCUUAAGUGUGAGUUUUAGGUUCUAGAUAUUUGAUUAAGUGUGUCAUAUCUUAAUUAAAUUCUAGAUUCAAACCCCAAGUUAGGAUAAGAGUGUGUAAU